AUGAUUUAUACAUAAUCUAAUAUAGAAGUGUCAUUAGAGUGGAUACCCAAGUAUAUAUAUAUGAAUAUGGAUAACGAACUAAAAAUAACAAAUUAAAUUCAAAAAAAAGUAAAAUUUAAAAUGCUAAUUGAAUAAGGAGAACCCAAGAUUAUAGUAGCAGUUCGUAAGAGGCCAUUAAAUAAGAAGGAAAUGAACAAGGGCGAUAUCGAUAUUGUCGAUGUUUCCAAUUAAUAAAGUCAAGUUGUAGUCAAAGAAUAAAGAACGAAAGUUGAUUUGACCAAAUACAUAGAGGAGCAUUAAUUUAAUUUCGAUGCUGCUUUUGAUGAAAAUACAACAAAUGAACAACUUUAUUUACAAAUCGUAAGACCAAUAGUUGAAGCAGCAUUUAAUAGGGCAAAAGUAACCUGUUUUGCAUAUGGAUAAACAGGAUCUGGUAAGACAUAUACAAUGCUUGGUGAUUAUUCAGAGCGAGUGCCUGGUUUAUAUUUAUUGGCGGCUUAUGACAUUUUUUGUCUAUUAAACAAUGAAUGUUAUGGUCAUCUCUAAAUAUCUAUAUCAUUUUAUGAAAUUUAUUGUGGGAAACUAUUUGAUUUGCUGAAUGAACGAACACUUUUACAUGCUAGAGAAGAUGCAAAAGGAAAUGUUAAUGUAGUAGGAUUAUAAGAGAGAAAAGUGUAAUCUGUAGAAUAAUUAAUGAAAGUUAUUGAAUAAGGGAGUGCAUCUAGGAUUACAGCAUCAAAUUCAUCAAAUAAUGAUUCAUCAAGAUCUCAUGCAAUAUUGUAGAUAUCCUUAAAAGAUGGCAAUAAAUGUCAUGGCAAAUUGUCAUUCAUUGAUUUAGCUGGUAGUGAAAGAGGGGCAGAUGUUAGUGAUACUAAUAAACAGACUAGAUUUGAUGGAGCUGAAAUUAAUAAAUCAUUGUUAGCACUAAAGGAAUGCAUUAGAGCAUUGGAUCUAAACAAAAACCAUACUCCUUUUAGAGGGUCAAAAUUGACUCUGGUAUUAAAGGAUUCCUUUGUUGGAAAUUGUAAGACUGUGAUGAUUGGUAACUUCUCUCCUUCCAAUUCAUCAUCUGAACAUACAUUGAAUACAUUAAGAUAUGCAGACAGAGUGAAAGAAUUAAAAAAACCUAAUGAUAAAGAAUUGAAGGAUUAAGUCACAUCUCUGGAUAAAUUAGCCAGAGAGUUAAUGUUGCCAAGACAAUAAUAACCAGUUAAGAAAUAAUCUUAAGUCUAAUAAUAAUUUAAUCCUUUUAAGAAUAAUCCAUUGCAAAAUUAUUAGAAUCAAAAUCUAUUUUAACAAUAAUAGCAACCCUAAUUUUUAAAUUUAUAAAAUUCUAUUCCUGGAAUGUAAAUUCCAUAGACAUAACAAUCAUCAUAAACAUAAUAAUAAUAAUAUUCAUAUCAAAAUUAUAUCUAACCUCCUCCACCUUAACCUCAACCCAUGAUUCCCUUAUAAUAAUAAUAACAACCCUAAUUCAAAAUUAAUGAAACCAAAAAUAAGCAUUCCUUUCAAAAACCAACUCCAUAAUUGAAUGAACCUCGUCCAUAUGUGAAUGAAAACCUAUUCCCAGGACCAGUUGAACGAAAAUCAAAAGUAAAUCAAUCAAUGGAAGAUGAUUUAAUGAAGAUUGGAUAGAAACACGAAUAAUUGAUUAGUGUAAUAUUGGAAGAAGAAGAGAAUUUGAUCUCUAACCAUCGAUCUCACAUAGAUUCAAUGGUUGAAUUAGUUAAAUAAGAAAUGAUGUUGUUACACAAUAUCGAUAAGCCAGGUUCAGAUGUGGAUGAGUAUGUAAAAGGGCUAGAUUAGAUAUUAUUGACGAAGAUAGAAGAAAUUUAAACAUUACAAUUCUAAUUACAGACUUUCAGAUCGCAUUUGUCAGAAGAGGAAACUUUAUAAAAAUAAUUUUAUUAGUAAAGAUAAUCGAUGGCACAACUGGAGUCUGAGGGCUCUGAUAUUUUUAAAUGACAAUUUAAUAAUUCAUAAUAUAAUUAAUUAUUAUGCAUUGAUUAA